AUGUCUCUGAUUCUAUUGUGUUUCGUGCAUCUGUGGUUAUGGUAUCAACAGCAACUACAACGGAUCUCUAUACGAGAGAAUAAUCCGGAUGCGGGGCUGAGGAUAGCAGUGGAGAGUGGCGGCUGCCACGGCUAUCAAUAUAAGAUGGAACUGACAACACGCAAGGAGCCUGAAGACUACCACUUCAGUCACCCCACAAUACAGCCGUCAAACAUCAUAAUCGACGCUGUCUCCCUCGCGCUGUUAAAGGGAUCAACUAUAGACUUCGCAACCGAACUCAUCGGAAGCUCUUUUCGCGUCAUGGAAAACCCGCAGGCAAAGGGCAGUGGGUGCGGGUGUGGCGUCAGCUGGGAGGCGAAGUGA